AUGCACUAUAGAAGGUUUUUUGUUUCAGCACGUAGGGUACCAGUGCCGGACGAGAGGUUUGACUAUCUUUGUGAAUAUUUCAAACCCUUGAGCAAAGUUCCGGCUUUCUUGAACGUCGUAGACAUCGCAGGUCUGGUAAAGGGUGCUUCAGAAGGUCAAGGUCUAGGAAAUGCAUUUCUUUCACACAUCAGCGCAUGUGAUGCUAUAUUUCAUUUAUGUCGAGCGUUUGAAGAUGAUGACGUCACGCAUGUAGAAGGUGAGGUGAACCCAGUUAGGGAUUUGGACAUAAUUGCUGAAGAACUAAGGCUGAAAGAUGAAGAUACCCUUAUGAAGAAUCUAGAAAAACUAGAAAGGACCGUGGGCAGAGGUGCUGAUAAGAAAUUAAAGCCAGAAUACGACACCCUAGUAAAAAUCAAAUCUGUACUGGUGGAUGAGAAGAAACACAUCAGGUUUGGAGACUGGGAUUCAAAAGAUAUUGAGGUGCUUAACAAGUAUCUGUUUUUAACGUCAAAACCUGCCCUCUAUCUAGUGAAUUUGGCAGAAAAGGACUACAUCAAAAAGAAAAAUAAAUGGUUAAUCAAGAUCAAGGAAUGGGUUGACAAGAAUGACCCAGGAUCUCAUAUCAUUCCAUUCUCUGGCGCUUUCGAACAAAAACUCUUGGAAGAAUAUUCAGAUCCAGCACUUAGGAAGAAGUUUUUGGAAGAACAUAACACUACUAGUGCUCUUGAUAAGAUAAUCGUUCAAGGUUACAAAGCACUUCAGUUAGAGUACUUCUUCACAGCCGGUCCAGACGAAGUAAAGGCGUGGACGAUCCAGAAAGGCACCAAAGCACCACAAGCUGCCGGCAAAAUUCACACCGACUUUGAGAAAGGAUUCAUAAUGGCCGAGGUGAUGAAGUUCAUCGAUUUCAAGGAAGAGGGCUCUGAGGCGGCGUGCAAAGCGGCCGGCAAAUACAGACAACAAGGUCGAAAUUACGUGGUUGAAGACGGAGACAUAAUAUUCUUCAAAUUCAACGCAGGCGCUGGGUUGCAACAGGCGAAGAAGAAAUGAUCCAUUCUUCCUCUGGUUUUUGUGUAUGUCCAUCUUUAUUUCUAUGACAUGAUCUUUUUCUACCAAGGCAUCACCUGUUGAUGCAUCAGGCGCUUUGUUUUGUUUUCUAUUUAAGGCCAAUAAAGAAAAUAUCUCUUUGAAAUA